AUGCAAAAUAAGUCAAAUAUUAUGUACAAUUUAAAAGUUAAAACUUACUUCACAGUUCCGCCAAAUAUUACAUACGGAACGUUCCAAAUUCAAGAUGACGGAUCGACAUCAAGUGGUACUGCUGCUUUAUCUCGGGAGGAUGAAAAACAAAUUACUUCUUACAAACCCAAUCUCGAUGAUUCCGAGGAGAUAGUACAAAAUAAUAUUCCUAAGGAUGAUAAUACCAAAGAAUGUUUCAAAAAUUCAGAUAAUGUUACAACUUUUGAAGCUUGGAAAGAAGCUGAACCUAUUGCCCAUUGCAGUUACAAUCCGCCUGAAAAUAAAUCUUCAUAUACCGAGCCACCACCCGCUGCUUAUGAAUCGUAUUCGGAAGAUGACAAUGAUUCAGUAAAAGAUCCUCACUACAAGUCUAGUUCCUCCAGUAGGUCAUCUAGUUCUUCUAGCAGUUCUUCGAGCACUUCUACGUCAACUGCGAUAACGAAUAAUGUACAAGUAUUACCAACUAACGGUCAAGUGGAACCAGUUUCGAUCCAGACUUCUGCUGAAACAAAUAACGAAGAAAUACAAGAAGCAGUACAAAAUGAGAAUGAAUCAAUAAACCAAGAUAAAAUAGUCGAACAGAAUAUUUCCAUGAACGAAAUAGAAGAAAAUAGUAAUGUUAAGAAAAGUAGAAAGCGCGUUGAAAGAGUUGAAGAGUGGCUUAGUAAUAAAGCGAAAAAAAUUACGAAAUACUGGCAAAUGUUACAUUUCCAGAUCUAA